CCACACCGCACAAGUUGGGGCACGGAGACGUCAGUUGAACAUGGCGUUAUGCUGGAGAGCUGUCACCGGUCAACAGAGGAAAACAAGAACCGACACGACGACUGCGUUUAUCUGAAGCCCCCUCACGGUUUUAACCUUGUGAUAUUGUGAAGCUUUAGCCGUUUUAUUUUCAAUUCAUCCUUUUUUUUUUUUUUUUUCCGCCACUUUGUGUUUUAGCUAAAAUAGCGAAAUACGAAAAAAUGUCAGACAACCAGAGCUGGAACUCGUCCGGUUCCGAGGAGGAUUUAGAGCCCAGAGAGGAGCCUGGACCUCUGGUGGGGGUCGUCGACUUAAGCGGGGUCCUCAGUAAGUGGACAAAUUACAUCCAUGGAUGGCAGGAUCGUUGGGUGGUCUUGAAAAACAACACAUUGAGCUACUACAAGUCCCAAGACGAGACCGAGUAUGGUUGCCGGGGCUCCCUCUGCCUUAGCAAAGCUGUCAUUACUCCUCACGAGUUUGAUGAGUGCCGACUGGACAUCAGUGUAAAUGACAGCGUUUGGUACAUGCGAGCACAAGACCCAGAGCACAGACAUCAGUGGAUUGACUCCAUUGAGCUGCACAGGAGUAUCAGAGAGGGGAGGAGAGACAAGGCAGGAGUCCAGGGAACAAUAAUCAUCCCUCUACCACUGGCUGAUUCUGGAUAUGGCUCAGAGUCCAGUCUGCGCAGACAUGGCUCCAUGUUGUCUCUCACCUCAGCAACCAGCGGCUACUCUGCAACCUCCACCUCCUCCUUCAAGAAGGGCCACAGCCUCAGAGAGAAGCUGGCAGAGAUGGAGACAUUCAGAGACAUCCUGUGCAGGCAGGUGGACACGCUGCAGAAACACUUUGACAGCUGUGCAGAUGCUGAGUCUAAGGAUGAGCUGCAGAGGGAUAAAAUCGUGGAGGAUGAUGAAGAUGACUUCCCUAACACCCGGACAGAAGGAGAGUUUCUGCACAACAACAAUGGCAGCAAAGAAAAAUUGUUCCAGUCCUUGAGUCCCAAGGGAAUCAAUGGCAUAGAUUUCAAGGGUGAGGCAAUCACAUUCAAGGCCACCACAGCCGGGAUCCUGGCAAAUCUGUCCCACUGUAUCGACCUCAUGGUGAAGAGAGAGGACAGCUGGCAGAGACGACUGGAUAAGUUCCAUAUCUCUAAUGCUGCUGGAUUUCUUUCUUUGAAGGAGAUGGAGAAGAGAAGAAGAAUAGAGGAGAGCUAUAAAUCAGCACUCAAUGAGCUGAAGAAAAAGUCUCACUUUGGAGGUCCAGAUUAUGAGGAGGGUCCGAACAGCCUCAUUAACGAGGACGAGUUUUUCGAUGCGGUUGAAGCUGCUCUCGACAGACAGGACAAGAUGGAAGAACAGUCUCAUACAGACAAGACGAGGAUACAGAGAUCCAGCCCCGUGCCACCUGCAGACAUUUACUCCAGCUCCGGCUCGCACAGAUUCUCCGACAAGCCUCUUAGUCAGUCCUCCCCUGCUCUGAUAGUGAGCGCCCCUCCUCAUCACAUCCACAGAUUCAGCACAGAGGUGGAGGAGAUGGUGCAGAAUCACAUGAACUACUCUCUGCAGGACAUGGGUGGAGACGCCAACUGGCAGCUGGUUGUAGAAGAGGGGGAAAUGAAGGUGUACAGGAGAGAGGUGGAAGAAAACGGGAUCGUUCUGGACCCGUUGAAGGCCACUCAUUCUGUAAAGGGGGUGACCGGCCACGAGGUGUGUCACUACUUUUGGGACACCACCUACCGCAAUGACUGGGAGACAACAAUUGAAAACUUCAACGUUGUGGAGACUUUGUCGGAGAAUGCAGUGGUUGUUUAUCAGACUCACAAGCGGGUGUGGCCUGCCUCCCAGAGAGACGUGCUCUACCUGUCUGCCAUGAGGAAGAUCUUAGCCAACAACGAGAACGACCCAGACACCUGGCUCGUCUGCAACUUCUCCGUCAAUCAUGACGAUGCACAGCCGAGCAGCAGGUGUGUUCGUGCUAAAAUCAACAUCGGCAUGAUCUGUCAGACGCUGGUCAGUCCACCAGAGGGAGACAAAGAGAUCAGCAGAGACAACAUCCUGUGUAAAAUCACCUACGUCGCCAAUGUGAAUCCUGGAGGCUGGGCUCCGGCCUCGGUGCUCCGGGCCGUGGCUAAGAGAGAGUACCCCAAAUUCCUGAAACGCUUCACCUCCUACGUGCAGGAAAAGACCGCUGGAAAACCCAUCUUAUUCUGAGGCCCAGAGUUUUGACACACGAUGGACUGAACUGCAUGAAGGGGCGGCUUUAAUCAGACACUCUGCUGCUCGGCUGCUGUGACACGACGACAAGUUCUUUCAAGCUGAAUAUUUCCCUUCAUUAUUUUGUGACACUAGUUAGUUAGAAAAAAGAAGGGUUGUAACAGUGCCCCCUGGUGGUAGGAUUUAAAAACAAGCGACCCCUGAGAUAUUUGUAAACUGGUAGUGACAUAAUAAUGGAUCAUUAUCAUUUCUAGAUUUUCCUUCUGCUCGUUUUUUCACUUUCUUUCAAUUUGAAAAAGAGAAAAUACAAAAUAGUGGAGAUGAUUUGACUGUCAACAGAAAACCCAGAAACACACAAACAUUUCCUCCCAAAGAAAGUUCCUAGAGCAGCUCGUGAUGCCUCAGUCGAUGCCAUAUUUCAUGCUCAUGUCUCUUUUCUUACAGAUAUAUUAAUAUAUAAAUGUAAGUAUGUUCUAUAAGAGGUUUGUAAAAAGGAAACAGAUCUUUGCUAAUAGACAGAAAUAUUUUAUUCUUGCCAUUUCUAGUUCCUAUUUUUGUCUAGAUUGAUCACUAUCAUUUCUCCAUCAUUAGCAAUCUGCCAGCUUUCUUUUCGAGCUGCUAACGUUUUUUGCUAGUGAAACAUCAUCGAUUGACUUGAAAAAUCAUUUUUACCUGUACCGAGUCCAGAGGGCUGUCAUUGACUUAUGACCCUGAUGAUGUAAGACUCCACCUUUUUGUGACCGCGUCCCUCUCAUGAAAACGCCUCUCGCUGGUGCUGACGGAGGGACGGGGUCCGGAGGACGUUCAUGUACAUUGUUGCUUUUUGCUUUAUAUUUGUGUCUUAGCACAUAUUUUGAAUGUUGUACAUAGUGUCACUAACAUUUCUCUGAAGGUCUUUUUGUGACUGAGUCAAGCCCAGAUGCCUUAGUGUAAGAGGAACAUAUAGAGAUAACGAUUACUGUAACUAAGAAAUCAUUAGUUAAGUGCCUCGCAGCCAUUCCCCCUUUCUUAUUCGAUUCUCUCAAUUCAAAUAUAUUCAUGAACCAACUGUCCUUUAAAGGGCUAUUCUGGUAUUUUUGAACUUGAACCAUAUGUUUUUUCACACUUUGGGCCCACUAAAAGUGUUUUUUUUAUGUCCACUGACAAGCUCAAAUGUUUAAAUCAACCGUUAAGAUGAUAUUACCAAAAGGAGAUACAUUUUUGUUGCAUCACUCUUUUUUAAAGCCACCAAACUCCGCUGACUAAAUCAGUACUUCUACCUCAGAACACCGGAGUUGUUGAUCCGUCUGUGUUUAAAAAAAACAAACAAAAACACUCAGUAGAGGAAACAGCAGAUCUCAUGCUCUGUGAGGUAAAUUUGAUGUUUUUUCCUAUGGAGUCUGGUGGCUUUGAGGGAGCAAUGGGACAGCUGAUCUCUGUAGGUAUCCUCCGCAGACUGUUACCCGAGCCUGUUAGUAGACUAACUUGCACUUUUAGUAAGACACACUUUGAUUCAUCCAGCACCAGGAAAUGGUCUGGAGCUGCUGCAAUCUAUAAAAGCAAUUAUAAAGCUUUUUGCACCACUCAGAAACAUAGACCCCAAAAAUGUUAAAGUAAAAAAUAUUCAGCAAGCGCCGUCAUUCUUCAAUCAGAGGGCUUGUUGGAUAUUUUUAAACCUUGAAUAGUUUGAAGAUUCAAGAUUUAAUUCAGUGCAAGAGUCUCCGCCUCUUACUCUGUCCAUGUGCCUGGUAUUUGUUACAUGUGCUGGCAUGAAAAACAACCCCGUCUUGUAAGCAGUAAUGAUUGGUGUUCGUAGCAUGGAUUGUGUCUGAAAAUGUCGCUUAUACAAAUGCAGGGCUGCAAAGUCCAAAGUUAGCAAGGAUGUAGAUUGUGCUAGUCCUGGUGUUUUAUUUGCACAUUUUACAUUUAACUUAAAGUCUGUGUAAAGCGACAUCAGAAACUGGUUUCUAAACUCAAUAUAAAUGUUGGAGACAGGAGGGCAGCUUAAGAGAGACAGGAAAUGUUUGGAGGGGAGAGUUAGGGAUGACGUGCUGUGAGGGGCUGAGGUCGGACUUGAACCCACGGCGACUAGGACUGUAGCCUCCGUACAUGGGGCAUGCAUCAUCACCGCUAGGCUAUCGCUGCCUCGCCUUGAGAACUACGACUGAAUUAUGGAUUUGGACUGUUAGUUUUUUUUUUUGGAGGGCUCGAUGAUGAUUAUUUCAUUCAGCAGUCCUCAGUUGUAUGACAAAGAAAAUAAAUAUUUUGUAUCGCUUUACACCGACUUUAAAAUAAAAAUAUAUUAAACUCUGGACUUGACAGUUUUACAUUUGGAACUGCUUACAUGGCACCAAAGCGACCUCGUUUUUUAAGCGUACAUAAUUUGGUCGGCAUAGCUUCUCAAACUUUUCUCAUUAAAGCAUCACUAUCUAAAAAAACAGUACUAUGGAUGAACCUGUGGCCAGCACAAAAUGCAUUUUCUUGGGUUAUGCGAGUGAUUUUUUUUUUUUUAGCAGUUUUCAGUGUCUGCGCUUUGAUUUUUCGAGCUUUGUUGCAAGAAUGAUGUGUGAACGAGUGUGAAGCCAUAUGAUGCUCAAUCUCUUGAGUGGAAAGAAGCCGGGCUGAAUCUCUUCCACCUUCAAAGCAUUUCAACGUUUUUUUUUUUUUUCGACACAAGUGUAGUCAUAAAAAAAAAAAUCUGAAUGAAUGUAAUUAAGAAAUACUGUUUUUGUAAAUAAUAUGUUCAUACUAAUGCUGUGGGAUCAACUUACAAAAAUGUACUGUGACAUCACAUUUCUUCUUCGGCUGUUCAAAAAGUGAAAUAAAUAAGUUCACCCUUCA